AUGACGACCACGCCGCCCUCAGAGCAAAAGGAGACUCCACCAUCCAGCUGGGUAACAUUGUUGUCAGAAAAUGACCACGCAUUGAAGGCGUCGGGCAAUGUAGGUGACCGGAUCAAUGCUGCGAAUGAAGAGUUACUAUCAGCGCCGACGUAUUUACCAUCCGACAUCAUUGGAAGAUUCGUUGCUUGGCGUUUACGACGUCGAGUCGAACUUGCUCCUGCGACCUGGAUCAGGAAUCCACUGGGUGCCGCGGCAGGUGUUGUUGUGACCGAUGCGCUCGAGCUCGUCGUAGCACUACUGAUGAUGGUGGUAGUAAAGCUAGAGGCGCUGGAAGAAGAUGCUGAAGACGCUGAAGACGCAGACGUUGCAGAUGUUGCGGACGUUGCGGAAGAUGCAGACGAUGCAGAUGUGGCCGAUGAUGCUGACGUUAGAGAUGUGGCCGAAGAUGCAGAUGUGGCCGAAGAUGCUGAGGUUGCGGACGACGCGGAAGAUGCAGACGAUGCAGACGUGGCCGAAGAUGCAGACGUGGCCGAAGAUGCUGAGGUUGCGGACGAUGCGGAAGACGCAGAAGAUGCGGAAGACGCGGAUGUUGCAGAUGAUGCAGACGAGGCGGAAGACGCAGAGGUUGCUGAAGACGCAGAUGUUGCCGAGGAUGCAGACGAAGCAGAGGUCACAGAAGGUGCUGGAGAGCUCGUGGACUGCGAGAUGGGUGCAGUAGUCUGUCCUGUGGUGGUUUCAGUAGUGGUGGUCGGCACAGACGAAGAACUGAUCGUUGAAGUCACACUGGUCGACAGGGUGCUCGUCGAAGCGGUGCUCAUUGACGCAGUACUAGUGAAGGUACUGCUGGUCGACGAGAUACCGGUCGAGAAGCUGCUAGGAGACUCGGUGCUGGUCGUGGAUGCACUAGUCAAGGACGUGCUAGUUGAAGGGUUGUUCGAGGAACUCGAAAUAUUGGUCGAACUGCUUGUGGAUGUGGAAAGGGUGGCCGAGUUGUCGAGGUGCUUCCUUGGAUAG